AUGGGAGAUGACAAUGAAAAACAUGAUCAGAAAGAAUCACCCCUUAUUCAAAAACUCCGCUGGGGACAUAUAGAAGUCAAAGGAUUUUCUUCUGGUAAAGAUUUCAAACUUUUUCCAGGCGGCGCUGAAGAAUGGGAUUGGAAUAAAACAAAUACUCGUCAUGUUCCAGGCAUUCAACGAGAAGAUGUCGAAUACUUAAUAGAAAAAGGAGCAAAAUAUAUUGUACUAUCAAAAGGCAUGCAAGAUAAAUUAGAGACAUCUAAAGAAACAUUAGAUUUUUUCGAAAAGAAUAAUAUGAAAUUAGGUGUUGAUUAUUAUAUUGAAGGAACUCGAGAAGCAUGUGAACAUUAUAAUCGUUUGGUUGAAGAAAACAAACCUGUUGGUGCAUUAUUACAUUCAACAUGUUAA